AUGCACCUUCCUCCUAAUUAUCCUUAUUCCACGCCUCAAUAUAUUCAUCAACUUCCAAAACAAAACCACAUUCAACAUAUCGCUCCUGCACAAAAGGUGAAUUUGAAUAUUAAUCGGUUAAAACAAAUAAAAACAAAAAAGAAACCGUACAAUUCAGAAGCCGGUCUUGAUUGUUGGAAAACAACGAAAUGCAAAAUAGUCACAGUCUGUAUUAUUGGCGCUUUAGUAGUGAUAGUCGGGAUUCUUGUGCCCGUAUUACUCGGUUUAUUCAGUAUAACUCACGCAACAUCUACUACACAGAUAUUUUGGCCUUUCGAUGGAAAUACAAAUGAUUUUUAUGGUACCUAUAACGGGGUUGCUCUGAAUAAUCCUACCUACAUCUCGGGUGGUAUCACCGGCUAUGGCUCUGCCAUCAAACUCGUAGCUGCAUCAUCCCAGAGCAUCGUUGUAGCAACCUAUUUGAAUCUUGCUAGUACUAGUUUCACGGUUCAAACAUGGCUCUAUCCGACGACUACACCUAGUGGAGACAAUGCGAUCUUUGGUCAGUGUGCUUGUACCACAUGUACCGAUCAAUGCAUGUACCUGGUGUUAAGAAGUGGUUUGGUUUAUAUGGGUUUUUAUGGAGACAAUCUCGCCGGUGUGACAUCGAUCACGGCCAGCAUGAUGGGUCUCUCCUCAAGCGGACAGAUCGUCUUACAGUCAUGGAACGGUGGUGCUGUAUAUGUUACUGGACCUAUUCUCUCUGGCAACACGUGGACUCACAUUGCCGAUACGUUUAGUAUUUCGAACGGACUUCGAUUAUAUGUAAAUGGUGUAUUAUAUAAUUCAACUGCUCCAAUAUCUUAUGCAGCGAGUUCCGCAUCGAAUUACAUAACUCUUGGAAAUCCCCUCACCGGAAGCGGCUGUUCGCAAGGAGCAAUUUCAGCUGGACAAUUUUAUGGGUACUUGGAUGAGUUUCGGCUCUAUUCCAGAGAGUUAACAGCAGCUAAUGUUGUUUCACUCGCUAAUCCUACAUGA